CGUUUAAUUUAGUAAAUUAUAACAUGUUUUAACCAAAAUGGUGAAAUCAAAUAAAAUAAAAGCACGAACAGUGCGUGCUGGAAACAAAUCAAAUAUAUCAACAAAUACCCGAACAACUUUAACAAAGCUAAACAAUAAAGCUAUUUUGGAAACGGCAACAAUAACUCCCAGUAGUAAAGAGUUAAAACGCAAUAACUUAGUCCAAGUACGCAAUUGCAUUGUGCGAAUUAAACGACUUAAACUAAAUGCAAGGGAUCCGACAACAUACGAUGUAAAUAAUACAUUAACAACUGCGCAAUUAAAAGAUGGGAACAAGGAAAACCGGGACGAUGCACAGGCAAGGAGUUACUCAUUACAAUCAGGUAAUUUGCAGGGUAUGGGGAAGGCGCCCGAGAAUGCUGACAGGCGAAACUUCAAACUAACAGUUACGGACAAGAAAAAUGUGGACCGAAGGGCAAAGAGUUUGAGCAACUGCCAGUCCACACAGCACUCAGACUUCUCAAUAAAACCUUGUCGAGUACGCAUACUUCGCUUCGCCAAUAAGCAGCUAGAAAACCCACCACCCGCUCAAAUGGCAGAUGCUGGCAAGAAGCACCUGAGCGACGAGCCGCUAAGGAAUUGCACUCAGCACCAAGAUUUUUCGAUAAAACCCUGUCGCGUACGUUUACGCCGCUGUUCCACUGUUCAAGAUAUUGCUAAGAAGCAGUUAGAGAACCUACCACCUGCGCGAUUCGUAGAUGUUGGCAAGAAGCACCCGGGCGCCAAGCCGGCAAGAAAUUGUCCGCAGCAUCAAGGUACUGUCACCGUAGCAAGUCAAGAACGUAUCUUACGUGACGCAAAUACUCAGGAUACGUGCCAGAAUGGGCAGGAGAAGUUGAGUAUGCCACAACGUAUGCCACGAUUUUUUCAUCGAGAUCAGCCACCAGCCAGAACACGUUCUUCGGUGACAAGGCAAGUCUAUGACUUUCUUUCCCAGUCCCAAAUCGAAGACGAUGAAAAGCCCGAUCCGGCGGCGGAUAUAAUAAAAAAUAUGAUUGAAGAUGGUCGAGCCUGUGCGAUGACUCGCUCAAAAACGGGCAAAACACGUGCACGCGCUGUACGUAAAAAAGUGCGUCCAGUGGGCAAACGAAAGCAGUGCUCCGUUCGCAACAUAGCUGGAAAGGAUCCAAUCAUUGCUUACGAGGCGGAGCAACCACACCUUUCUCCCCUCUGCGAGGAGCAAAACAAUUUAAGAGUAGAUAUUGCACCUGAGCAAGCAGAGACACCCGUCCAGCUACCACCAACGACUGCAGUGGCACAUAAAACAGUUGUUGAGGGCGCCUAUAGUCCAUUAGCGCGCUCUCUCAUGCUCAAUCAAACCAAGGCACAGCAAUUCACGGACAGGCGCCUUGAACUGCUACAUAUGGCCAAGAAAUGUAUUAGCACACCGCUGAAUGGUAGGAGCAAUACAGCUCUAGAUGCAAAUACAGCUAUAUUUUCUCCUGUGCGAGGGAAUUCAGACACAAGACAAAUGUCGCCGCUACCUUCAGCGGCUACUCCUAGUGGCGUCAGUUCUCCUUGGCGGGUGCCUGACGAGACGCCGCUGCCUAACACUUUUGAGUUUGGCCUGAACACAUCACAAUUACCCUCCUACUCGAGUGAUUUUAUACGCAAGCGGCAUGUCUAUUUACCCGGUGAUCCUGAGUGCUCUGCUUCUAUUGAACAGGACAUUAGCUCCGUUGGCAACGAUUCAGAUAGGGAAAAUGUUCCGCCAUCAGCAGUAACAGCAGAGACAGCCACUGGGCCGCAGUCAUUGACGACAAUCAAGCCAGUGGAUGAUAACGAAAAUGUGACGAAUCUUGUGCAAUUACCUAAUCCGCGACGAGCACUUCAAUAUCGUAGUCCUUUAAAGGACAUCAAUAUAUUGGAUGUAGUUGUACUGCCAUCGUGGAAGAAAAAUGUUCAACAAAAAAACAAUACCCCUACAAAAGAGUCCCUGAAUAGCAAUCAACAGCAAGAAUUCAACAGCAAUAUUCCAGGACAACAAACCAGCAAGAACCCCACAAAAGAAUACCAGACCCGGUAUGAGCAGCAGGAACUCAAUAGUUAUAGUCCAGAACAUCAGUGUGCACGGGAUAAGCAGGAGCAGCAGCGACAAGGCUGUGAUCUGUUUGGCUUCGAGGAUUUUCUCAGUGAAGAAGAUGAAAUCUGCGUCCGGGAGCCUAACCAAAGCGUGACGAAAAGUUGCACCGAGACAACACUACACGAAAAGUUGCAGCGGUUGAAGAAGCUGCGACCUGUACAGCAGGAGCUACCCCAGGUAUCGCAAGCCCCUAUGCGACAUGCUUACGAUGAUUUGAACGCACGGGAGCCCCGGCAGCGUAACAUCAAAGAUAUGCUGUGCUCCACAAUGAUUGGUAAGGAACCGACGAAUGAAUCAAUAGCGUUAUUUAAAGAUAUCGAACCAGAGACAACUUUUGAUGAAAAGAAGCCACGUCGGACUUACGUGGUGGAGAAACCGAAGCGGAAGCGGAAGCAGCGUGUGCGUGUUCUCUUCAUCGACUCAGAUUCAUCCGAAAAUGAGGACGAGGCCAACGAGCACGGUUCCAAGAACAAUAGUGACGAAUUGCCCAAAAGGGCAAUGCCACCACAGAAGCGAACGCGCAGAGAUGCAGAACAUGAGGCCAAGUUGCAGCAGUUCAUCACGAGCUUCAAUCAAGAGUGCUCAGAGGUGGAAAAGUUUCCACUGAUCAUAGAAUAGAUGGGAUCACAGCGCAGGCGUAAACUUAUUUGUUUUCCCUUUUAUGUUACUUUUUAUACUCCCUUACACAUAAACCUUAACUUAAAGUUAAUUCUCACAAAACAUUGCUGUAA